AUGACAAGAGGCAAAUUGCUUGUAAUUUUAUUUUAUGCAAAUAUUUUGUAUGCUUCCUUACAAGAAUACUGUAAAGUAUGUCCCUACCAUAUUCUCUGCAAAUAUCCGACAGAAGGGCCAAGUAUUUCUUGCAUCAGAUAUGAUAAAAAGAAAUUGUUAACACCGGGAAACAUUAAAUCAAUUCUAGAUAAAAUGAAUGAGAGAAGAAAUUUUAUAGCCUUAGGUCUAUCAAAGUAUCUACCGGGAGCGGCAAAUAUGAAAAAGCUGGUUUGGUCCGAGGAACUAGCACAUUUCGCUCAGCGGUGGGUAGAUCAAUGUGAUCCAUCUACACGUCCAGACAAAGAGGAUGAUUGUCGUAAUCUUGAAACAACAGAAGUCGGACAAAAUAUAGCUACGAUGUCAGAUUUAUCAUCAGAAUUCAAUAUAAAGAACUUUGUAGAUACGUGGUUUAUGCAGUCGUUAUAUUAUUUCGGAAGUGUGUCCUAUUACAAUCAAUCGAACGAGAAAAGCAAAUAUUUCACUCAAUUGAUUUGGGCAAACACGGAAAUGGUCGGAUGUGGUCAAGCAAGCUUCUAUGCAAAAACUUUAAACACAAUAAUUACAAGACUUGUAUGUAACUUUGCGCCUAAAGGUAAUAUUCAUGGGAAACCUAUUUACGCCAUUGGAUACCCUGCAACACAAUGUUCUGACAACUUACUACCCGAUUCUGUGUAUAAGGGACUUUGUACUUAUGCUUUUAAAAACAACGCAAUAAAGUUCACUUUGAAAUCUUCGCCAGUGCGUAGCUUGCUAAGAAUUAUUGACUUCUCCGAUACUACUGAUUGGCACAUCAAGAGAACAAAUAACAUUAAUAUUAAAAGAGACAGAAAUUCAUCAAUGAUUUCGAACAAUACACAUGCUGCAGUAAAACGUUAUCCCCAACUAAAAUUCUGGGAAAAGUCAAUCAAUAUUUCAAAACCCCUUGAACAUUACUUACGUAGAGGAGGUAAACCUGUUCCUAUAUACCACGGAUAUAAUUCACAUAAAAACUUUAAUUUAGUGAAUGAAAACACUGAACUAAAUACUGAAAGAUAUGAUGCUUUAACACCUCCCAUAAUGUCAUACUCUAAUCAAAAUUAUCGAAAAUAUAAACAAGAAACUUCUUGCACUCGAAAGAUAGCUUCAUUUCAGAAUGAAGGUGAAAAUAAGAAUUAUAAAUCAGUCAAAUGUACAAGAGGAAAAGUUAAUGAUUUCUCAACGUCAGAAAUGCACUCUACUAGACACUGGAUCAUGUGCCCUUGUGAAUCUUCCACCACUACACCACCAACCAGUUCUACAAAUUAUCUACAAAAGGUUAACUGUCAAUGUCUCAAUGAAAAUAACGCUCAUAUUAUAUGUUCAAACUUACGAAAAACACAAUUAGCGGCCACUGGCUUUGACAGUAAAGAAAACGGUAACUACUACGAUUUAUUGCCGAACUUAAAUUUACGCAAAGAAACUAACAGGAAAAAAUUUGCAAGCACAGCUUCAGCACAUACACAACCCAAUGUGGACUUUGGUUUCGAACCUCAUAGAAGGAGAGGACAUAUUCAACAUCACAGGCAGCAUGAGACAAAAACGGAAUGA